AUGAGGACAGGGAGAGAGAGCAUAGAGCCCAUCUCCUCCAUCAUCAGCUUUAACCGGUCCCUGAGUGACUGUGAUGUGGAGGAAUACCUGAAGGUCAAGGCCAAGGCCCAGGAGUCUAACUCUGACCACCAGCACAACACCGUCGGACCCCCAGCAAAGAGAGUGGCCGAUGCCAGCCAGGAGCAGAGGUCAGAAAAAGAAACAGCAAUUUUAGGGGGCCCAACUGUGGGCCAGGCAUGCCUCUUCGAGGCCUUCUUCCCCCUCAUUGCAGCUUUCACCGUGGAAACCUGUUACUCCACUAAAGGGGAGCUCAUGCCAGCCCUCCAGACACAUGUCUGGGAAAUGGAGAUUACCUUUUCUAAAAAUCCCUUAUUUCCACCUUCUGUGCCCAGUCUUGGAAUAGGAACUAGAAAUACAGUGCCCGUGUGCUGCAAGUACAAGCUUCAUAAGACCCUGGCUCACAAGACUGAGGAGAAGCCCUGUGUAACCCACACUGAUUUCCAGGAUGCCAAUGUCAUCUUCCUAGGGGGGAUGCACCCCAGUGACAUCAGGCAGUACCUGGAGGGCCACCCCCGUGGUGGUAGAAGUUCACAACUGGACCACAAGACAGAGAAGUAUUCUCGGAAGCCCACCCUGUUUGGGUAGGACCCCCUCGAUUUGCACCCCAACUUCCCGGCCUCUAUCUCUCCCAGACAGAUAGAGAAAUGUUUAUCCCAGAACAAGAUGUGGGACCCUUAUGGGGCUGCCUGGGUCAGUUUUGCCAAACUUCUCUUUGGCCACACGUACUUGAACCUGGCUGUGCCCAUCCACAGCUGCGAGGCGAAGCCCAUGAGCUGUGGCCAGGACAGCAGGAGCAGGAUGGUUGUGAGGUUUUGGGUCCCCAUGGAUGGCUACCAGCAUGGCCCAGUGCUCAUGGGCAACUACCGAGAGGCUAACUCUCUGCUCAAACUGCUAGUGGACAUUCUGGUGCCACUGAGGGCCGGGACCAAAGCCCCCGAUCUAGACCUCAUAGACCUCCAGUCGGGCCGCAUCAUUUUCAUGUUCAACUCCAAGAAGCUCUUCCUCCUCUUCAGCCUGCUGCAGGACAUCACCAUGGUCAAUGCCAAGGCCAUGGAUCAGAACUUCCCCACCAGGAGCAUCCAGCAGAUCCAUCCACCCUCCAGCAGCACCGGCUUCCAUCUGCUGGGCGGGGAGGUCCACUUCUUCACUGUGGAAGGCUUGGUGGACAGAGGCUUGAGGCAGCUGUUGGAGAGCCACCAGAGCCAAGUUCAGAUGUCCCAGGACCCACAUGGUGACAGCAAGGAGUUCCAGAAGUUGUCUACCCAGGAGGAGCCACAGGCACGCCGAGGCUCGCGCGCCGCCGCCGUCCCGCGCCCCCGACCCCUCCGGCGGCCCCCGGGGCUGUGCGUGCGCAGCGCGGAGCGGGUGGCCGCGGCGUCCCAGCGCUGGGCGGCCGGGCUCGCUGUUCCCGCGCUGUCCCAGGAGCAACAGCCCGAGCGGGGGCGGCUGUGUAACCGGGGAGGCCUCCAGGGCCACGGGGCCUCCGCUGCUCAUUCCUUUAGGGAAAAGCCACUGACCAGUGCUGGCUCUCGAAGGGUGGCCGAGGUGCAGCGCCAGUCCCCCUCUCAGGAGGCCACAGUCGGAAGCAGAGAGGGACACAAAGUCAACUGCAGCCGGAAUAGGGGUGGUGAUACCUGUCUUGCAAGGCAGGUGAGGCUGAGUGAGGUAUCCGCUCUUUGUUCCAGGAUCUACGACAUCUGCCAAAACAGCACUGACCUCAGGGAGGUGACAGUGAGGCUGCUGCCUUCCUCUGCCGUGAUCAAAGACUUGAGAGAACUCACAGACGAAACACUGUUGGCCUUAAUAUCUCUGCCCACCCCCGGUCUUGAAGACUUCCAAAAUCGGAAAUCCACUUUCACCUUGGAGAUCCAUGCCCACCAGGAGAAGUACCUGCAGUGGCAGAGCACCAUGGUGCUGAAGAAUAAAGACCAGAAGGACAGCCUAAUCCAGCUCCAGCCCCACGACCGUCUCCGCUCUUCCCGCGCGCCAAGCUCCCUGGCUCCUCCGGCUCCUGGCAGCCUGCUCACCACCAGCCCCACCCUCAUCGUGCGCAUG